GGGGCGGGAUUGCAUACAAAAUAACGGGGCACACAAAGAGUUUAGGGGCGUUGGUGGUUUUGCUCUGAAUUUCGUCAAGGAAGUCAAAAGUAGACUAUUUGAAAGAUUAUCGAAGAUUUCAGAGAUCUUAAUAACAUCCAACAGUUAUGGCAGAUGAAGAGGCCGUGCCCGCUGCAGAGGGUCCUCUUGUCGCAGUGACAUUUCAGAAAACUCCUCACAAAAAACAGAAGUACCUGGAGUCUGAACCCAAAGCAUUGGGGGUGACUCAGAUUGCCCUCAGUGUGUUCUAUAUCAGUUCUGUCAUUGUCAUUCUCACCAACAGCAUGAGCAUGGUGGUUGAAGAUUUAAUACAAAUCAUUGGAUCAGUGUUUGUGAUCAUAGCUGGUAGUUUGGCCAUAGCUGCACAGAAUCUCCAUCUUCCCACUCUGAAGGCCUGUCUGGGGAUGCAGGUAGUGGCCUGUGUAGCAUCAGUGAUCAACUUGAUCUUCUCUGUGUCAGACCUGGCUGGACACGGAUACGGUAAUGGCUGCUGGGUAUACGUUGAAAUCAACAGCACUGAUCACAACGAUACUUGCUAUUCAAUCACUGCUUCUACUGGACAUUACCUUGCUGAGUUGGUCCUGAUAAAUACUGCUCUCAUCGCUAUCUCUGUCACGCUCGCUGCCUACUGCUGCAAGGUGAUCAAUUGCUGCUCCCCAGGACAACGAAUGCCGGUGAUCACAGUCCAAGUCCCUCCUGCUCAGCAAUGAGGAGAGAUACAGUUUGAGGACCAAUCAAGACAAGAGAUCCGACCCUCUCACUAACCAGCAAAAACAUGUCUUAAACUUCCAUCAACUAAAAUAUUGUAGGCCUAUAUAUCUAUACAUACACUGAGUGCAGAAAAUAUUAAGAACACUGUGCUUCCCACAGUUGUGUCAAGUUGGCUGGAUGUCCUUUGGAUGGUGGACCCUUCUUGUUACACAAAGGAAACUAUUUAGCGUGAAAUACCCAGUAGCGCUGCAGUUCUUGACACAAACCGGUGCGCAUGGCACCUACUACCAUACUCCAUUCAAAGGCACUUAAAUCUUUUGUUUUGCCCAUUCACCCUCUUAAUGGUACACAUACACAAUCCACAUCUCAAUUGUCUCAAGGCUUAAAAAUUAUUCUUGAACCUGUCUCCUCCCCUUCAUCUACACUGACUGAAAGGGAUUUAACAAGUGACAUCAAUAAGGCAUCAUAACUUUCACCUGGACUGACCUGAUCAGAUCAUGUCAUGGAACAAACAGGCGUUCAUAAUGUUUUGUGCACUCAGUAUAAGUCACCUGAUGGAUUUCUUUUUGUAAUUAAAAACUUUGAUACGAUGUA